AUGGCGAUACUAGAGCCCACCAUCCACGUCCCUACACUGCUGCUCGACGGGAGCGACUCCGGCGAAAACAAGCCAUCCGAUCUGUCCGGCAGCUUCGUGUUCCCCAGCCGGGCGGUGGCGAACAUGAUGCGGCGAUGGAACUACCAGGAGGGCUCAGGCCUCGGCGCGCAGGGGCAAGGGAUCGUCGUGCCCAUACAAGCCGGCGGCGGGCGGGCGCGGCGCCGUCCAAAGGCGGGGCUCGGCUACCGCGAGAAACCCUACGACAAUGGUCUCGACGUGCCGCCGCCGCCGCCCCUGGAAGAGUGUCGUGAGUUGGAGGAUGCUUUACGGGCUCUGCGGCUUGAAGCGGAGUGCCGCGAGAAGAUCCUCGUGCUGCUACGUGACAUGAGGCUUCAAGAGCCCGACAACAACGUGGAGACGGCGGAUGCGCUGACGGCCAUCGUCGGGUCCAAGAAGAAGAAGGGGCGCCACGGGAAGCGCGUGCCAGGGACGCUGAAAUCCCGGUUGCCUUCCUCCGCCACGAGCUACAUAAUCGAGCAGGUGAUCACGCCGAGGAUGGCCGUCGACGUGCGAGAGUGGAUCCCGUCAUGGGACCCGGACUGCCACGACUGGCUACGCCCGCUGAUCCCCCUCAUCGGCCACUUGCCGGAGAGCCUCUACGGCGCCGUGGAGAGCAAGAUCGGCGGCGGCGACUACGAGGUCGUCUCUCCAUGGAAGGAGUACCUUAGCCCGGCGCAGUGGGACACCUUCAGCAAGCGUCACAUCCUGCCGAAGCUGGCAUUGUUGGUACGGGGGAUGAGGAUCACGCCGCCCAAGCAAACCGACUCUUCGUUCCGGGCCGUGAUGCUGUGGGCGCCUCUCCUGCACGCUCAAGACGUCGUGUCGAUCUUGGAGGCCGAGCAGUUUUUCGAUAAAUGGGAAGGCGCGCUGGAACACUGGUUGCAGGCAGGGGCGGCGAAGCCCUCGUUUGGAGAGGCCACCGCGUGGUGCGCCGGCUGGAAGAAGCUGUUCACGCCGGAGCUGCUCGCCAACAAACGCGUGCUCGCACACCUCGAAGCUGGCCUUGACAUUGUCGAUCGUGCAAUGCAAGACCUGGAUGGUCUGUUUUAG